AUGACUAGCACGGAACAGGAAAUCAAAGAAGGCCAUGAUGCUAAGAACCAACCGUCGAACACUGCCGAUGCCUUGGCGGGGGAUGUUGAGGAAGCAAAUGGUAAUACUCUUAAGAGGGCCCUCGAAGGCCGACACAUACAAAUGAUCGCUAUUGGCGGUGCAAUCGGUGCAGGUCUGUUCGUUGGCUCAGGUGAAGCACUUGCAAAUGGUGGCCCUGCCUCGGUCCUGAUCGGGUAUCUUGUCGUUGGGGUUCUGCUGCUGUGCACAAUCAUGUCUCUCGGAGAACUGGCCAUCAUGUAUCCGAUUAAUGGAGCGUUUUACCAGUACAGCGCUCGGUUCAUAGAUCCUUGUUGGGGCUUUGCAAUCGGUUGGGCGUAUUCGCUAGGCUGGCUUGUCACUUUACCCUUUGAGAUCACCGCGGCCAGUUUGACAAUCGAAUACUGGAACUCGAGUUUAAACCCCGCAAUCUUCGUCAGUAUUUUCCUAAUAGUGCUGGUCAUAAUUCAAGUAUUUGGAGUACGUGGUUAUGGAGAGGUUGAAUUCGUUCUUUCUAUCAUCAAGGUAAUAGCCUGUAUAGGAUUGAUUAUUCUGGGGAUCAUCAUCAACACGGGCGGUGUCCCUGGCAGCCCGCAAGGAUACAUUGGUGGGAAGUAUUGGCGUGAUCCAGGGGCCUUUGCAAACGGGUUUAAAGGGUUCUGCGCGGUGUUUGUGAAUGCGGCUGUAGCUUUUAGCGGCACGGAAUUGGUCGGUCUCGCAGCGGCGGAGACAAAACACCCCCAGAAAUCCCUUCCCACGGCCACAAAGCAGGUCCUGUGGCGCGUAACGAUAUUCUACAUUGUGAAUCUCCUUAUCGUCGGUCUCAAUGUUCCAUACAAUAGCCCACAGUUGCUCGGUUCGGAUGACGCAGCCAGCUCUGCGGGAGUCAACACCAACGCCAGUCCAUUUGUGCUCGCCAUUCAAGAUGCUGGCAUCCACGUCCUGCCCUCAAUCAUCAACGCCGUGGUCCUGAUUGCCAGUCUGAGUGUGGCAAAUUCAUCUACAUUCGCCUCAACAAGAACAUUACAAGCCCUAGCAGCUGAUGGAGGUGCCCCGUCAUUUUUCGCCUAUAUCGACAAGGCCGGACGCCCACUAGCCCCAAUUGCUCUUCAAGUGCUUUUCGGCUUCCUCGCAUACCUCCAGUUCGCAUCAUCCGGGCUUACUGUAUUCAAUUGGCUCCUUGCUAUUGCUGGUGUCUCAACCGUGAUGAUGAACCUGAGCAUCAACGUCGCUCACCUCCGAUUUCGUCUAGCUCUCAAGGCCCAGAAUCGCAGCACGGACGAGAUUCCAUGGAAGUCCUCUUUGGGUACAGUGGGAAGCUCCAUCGGCGCUUUUCUAUCCGCCAUAUCUCUUAUCGCAAUGUUUUACUCUGCGCUAUACGCACCGGGCGGAGACCCUCCUAGCGCAUUCAAUUUCUUCCAGCAGUAUCUCGCUGGAUUCAUCGGCGUCUUCCUGAUGAUUUUCUGGAAACUGUGGAAUCGGCAAUGGUGGGUUUUGGUCCCGCUCCGCCAGAUUGAUUUAGACUCUGGCAGGCGGUUUAUGGAAAUGGAGCAGGAUACUCCAGAGGAACCGGGAGACAAUCUUCCCUGGUGGAAGAGGGCAAAACAGUCACUUUGCUGA